UUAAGUGCCAGCUCUAGUGAUAGUGAUUACAAGACUACAGGACCGAGUGAAUAAGAGGCAGAUGUUGAUUCUUUAACGUGUAGACAGUCUAUGGUAUCUUCUGGUGAUCAGUUGGAAAGUGAUGGCCCCAAAUUGGGCUCUAAGCGGCCUCGAACUGGAGUGACAGAGUUGUUAAGUACAGCUACAAACAUUCCAGUGCAAGAUGCUUACAUGUCUAUUUUGGUUUCAUGGAGGUGAACAAUUCAGCCAUUACAGGAGUAGGAAACGAACCAAUUGGGUCUUACUGGGACUGGGAUGAUGAUGAUAGGGGCAUGGGAAUGGAUAUUCAAGCCCUUCUAUCAGAGUUUGGUGAUUUUGCCUCCAGGAACUGCGGAAUCUCAGGCACUAAUUUUUUCUGCUCCAGAUUGUGGAGAUGUCAACAGCAGUCCAGGAACUGCGGAAUCUCAGGCACUAAUUUUUUCUGCCCCAGAUUGUGGAGAUGUCAACAGCAGUCCAGGUGGUGUGAUAGAUGUUGUUUCAGAUCAAAUACUUUUUCCUGUUGGGUUUCCUUCCUUUGAUAGCUUUAACCCCCCUCCUUCAGCAGCCAUGGAGGAAUGUCUUAACAAAAGUCAAGAUAACUUGAAUAACUCCAUGUCUUCGGGUCCAACCAAUCAAACUCAAAUGUUGUAUACGAGAGAGUUUGAUCAUAUAAUGAAAGCCGAAGCAAUGAUGACAUUUGCUUCUGAAUUUGGAGCUGUGGAGACCCCUACUUCUGAGUUGUCCACAACAAUUUUCAGAAGCCCAUAUUUUCCAAAAUCUCUAAAAGCAGAGAGUUCAAAUUCAAGUUCAAACAAUUACUUAUAUGGUGCAGCACCGCCCUCGUCUCCCUGCACUGAAGGAUCAGAGGGGAAGAAUGGAGUGGUUGUCAAUACAAAAAAAGGUUCUGGAAAACUUGUUGCAAGUAUGAGUCUCCACUCAAAAAAUUGCUAUACUUCGGUGGAGAGCCAGAAGGAAAAAAGUGAUAAAAAUCCUGUCACAUGUAAUGAUUUUAUUAUUGUGUGCAAUAGUUUGUGUGCAAUUGUUGGAUUAAGGAGGUCAACUCAGUCAAAACAUAAUCCAUAA